ACAUUAUUCGGGUUUGUGAGCAUAUAAAGUGGGUGAGAUUUCUUCAGGAGCUGAUGCUGAUGUCCUGACCCGCUGGAUCAUGGCUGAGAGUCCACAGGAGCGCAGCCCAGGGGUGUUGAGUCGCAUCGGGAGCUGGCUGUCGUGGGGUUGGGGCAGAGAUGAUCCCACGUCCCAAACACAGCAAGAGGAGGCUCCUGAGGAGGACCACGGAGAAACCAGAGCAGACGAGACAGAUCCCGCAGAGGCGAGCCCAACCCUCGACCGGAAUGCCAAACAUCUGAGACUCGAACGCAGUCGGUCGCUUGAGAGGAGAAGGCCACCGGAACUCUUUGAACAAAUGGGACGGAGGAGAUCUGGCAGGAGGAGGCGGAGCUCUCACGGGGAUGGGGGCGGAGCUAAAUCCCCAACCAAUCCCCAACCUGAAAGCCCUGUAGCAACCAGUUUGACGAGCGGCCCGCGGAAAGCAUGCACUGACUCAGCUUUUGAGGAGGCGGCAAACAGCCUUCCAGGAGCCUCCGGAGCAGAAGUGCCAAACUCAGGUAAAGGUGAGGAUGUCGUCCGAGAGGAAUGGGCCCAAGCGAGCCUGAGUGAAGACGCUGAUUUGCCGAACUCGCCGGAUUCGCUCGAACAAGCGGCGCUGGUUUAUUCAGAUAUGGACGAGGAACGGGUGGUGAGGCUGACGGAGAGCGCCGAAUCCAAACGCAGGAGCAUCAAAGUGUCUCACAGCGAGGUGGUCUUCGCUAAAAAGGUGGUGGUCGCCUCGGAGGAGCAAAAUGAAGAACAAAAUGUGACUUUUAAAGACACCAAACGGCCUAGAUCUGAUGAAAGAGCGAGAUUUCCAGAGGACAGAGUAGACGGCACCAAUGUAAAGUCCAGUCAUCACAAGGCCCGAAUCGCAGACAAAAUCAGUCUGUUCGAGAGAGGAGCCACCAGUGCAGUUAGUAGCUCCACAAACCUGCUUCGCCUGGAUAUUUCUCCAGCUCGAAAUGUGGCCAGUCGUCUCAGAGAUUUCACAGAACAUGCCGGAACGCGGUCCAGUUCUGCACCUCCAAACCAAACGGUUAAAGAGAGGGCGAAGAAUUUCAGCGCGGGGCGGAGGGGGGAAGAGAAGCUGACGUUGCCUUCUGGUCGUACGUUGAACGAAGGACAUUCAAAAACGGCUGAAAUAUCUUGUUCUGGACGUUUUGAAAAAUCUACAGCAAAGACGGAUACCAGCGGAGAGCCAAAGGUUAAAUCCAAACCUCAUUUAACUAUAGAUCAAACAGACUCUAAAUCCUACAAUGCAACACCUGCAUUGUUAGAGAGCACAAGUGACUCAAACGUUGGGAAUAAAGAGGCGGAUUCUCUCCCGAUGGUUUCAUCACCUACUGAUGAGACACCGCAGGUGAAAUCACCAAACUGGACAGGCACGCGAUCUAAAAAACGUCGAGGCAAAGAUCCGCUGAGCCCCACCAAACAAGAAAUGGGUCAAGGUAAACAGGAGGUCAAGGACAACAAGGACAAACCUCUUGUAGAUGCAAGAGACGUGGUAAAGACCACAGAGCCGAGCACUUCUAAUAAAGAAAGACCCAACUCUGCUGGGGAGGUCGCAAGCAAAAAACCUACAGUUCCUCCGAAGUUGGAGAAAGCAGCAGAAAUUAUGCAAAGCACAAAGAAAACAUCUGACUCAAAGAAGACUUCACAUGCUGACACAAAAGUUCCUACAGAAGUGAAAAGCAAGGAUGAGAAGGAGAGAGAGAAUAGCGGUGACUUUGAAGCACAGAUAGUGGCUUCUGAUACACAUCCUUCUACAUCCAGAAAGAACAGCUCAAAUAAAGAGAAGAUAUGGACUGACAUCGACUCAAAAAUGGAAGAGAAACGAAAAAACUGCAACAAAAAGCAGCGCUCAGAAGGAGAGCAGGGAGACGAGCAGAGGAACAGAGACUUGAUUGUAAACUCAUUGUUUGGAGAGUCAGGGAAACCAGAUCCAUCUGUGACAAAAGAUGAAAAAACACCGUCCCCAGAGGACCUGAAAGAGGCCAGAUCUAAAGACUCCUCUGAGCCAGCCAAUAGCAGCGCUGCACCCUUUAGGAACGAUGCCAUGCGAAACAGAGGGAGUGAGACGGAUACGCUGGUCUUACCUGAGAAAGACACCACUGCGUUUAUGUCUAAAGUGGAAAACACCCCUGAAAAUAACCCAAAAUCGGCACAAAGACUGUCAAAGAUGAACCAAAAGAGUCAAGAAAAAGACUGUUUGACUGAGAUUACCAGUCAGAACCAGAAAAACGACCUUGUUACAGAAACAACUGAGACACACAAACAUAAUGAAGUCAAUACAUCAAAGCCAACCGAGCAGAAAGUAGAAGGUAAAUCAAAACAAGGUACAUCAAAGGACACCUCUGCUGUGAGACAGGAAGACACAACAAUUAUGGCAACCAGUCAAGGUAAAGAAACUCAGACUACUGAGAAAAACUCUUGUGCUGAAUUGUCCGAUCAGACUAAAGAAAACACCACUUCUACAAGCAAGACACCGGCAACACCAAACCCUGCACUGGACCAAAAUGACCAAAUGGACAGCAUAAUUUCACCUCAAAUUGCACCUACAGAGGGAGGCGGUCCCAAAAGAGAUGGGCCACCCCCACGGAGCCAAUCAGAGAGCGGAGAAGAACAGAAGACACAGACGGUAUCUAGUAAAAGGGAUUUGCAACAACAAAAGCCUGGCACUGAAACUAAAAAGGGAGGCACCAAAGAAACCAAGAGUAAAAUCACCAGCACAGAAACGACAUCCAUAGUGAAUGGCGAUAUAUACUCUGUAGCGACAGGAGAUCAGUUUUCUGACAGUCUUAAGCAGUCUGGAGAAGAAAUACUUGGAAAUACCUUACCUGAAAUACCAUCCAAUAAUGAAAGUCUAUCUCUGAGCUCAUUUUCAUCCGAAGCCACUGAAGUGUCCACCGAGCAGUCUGGCCAGGUCAGUAAAAAGUUUACCGCUAAACCAGCCUCAACAGAUGAUACGGCCUUCAGUUUACCAGCCUCAAGUGAUAACAACAACAACACAACUCUAUCAAACUCAGCUAAUAAAAUAACUAAUGAAAAGACCACUCCCCCAGCAGCCUCACCCAAUGCAACAACCACACCUGAAAAACCAACAACUAUCGAAAAGACCCCACAAGCCUCAACCAAUGAGAAAACCUCUACUUUACCUGCCUCAACUAAAGGAAAGACGACACCGCCACCAGCAACAACAACUGAGACAAUCUCUGCUUCAUUAGGCUCCAGUGAUGACAAGAACAAAACUCUGCCUGCCUCAACUAAUGAGGUCAUCUCCAGUUUACCAGCCUCAACUAAUGCAAAGACAACACCUCCUUCAGACUCAGCUGAUAGAAAGACAACUGAUGAAAAAGAUAUGUAUCUACUAGCAUCAACCGAUGAAAAGAUCGCACAAUCACCAGCCUCAUCUAAUAAAAAGAAGAAGCCUCCACCAGCCUUAACUAAUGAAAAGAACAAAACUCCAUCAGAGUCAGCUAACAAAAGGAUGACUAUCGAAAAGACCACCUCUCCACAAGCCUCAACCAAUGAGAAAACCUCCACUUUACCUGCCUCAACUAAAGGAAAGACUACACCUCCACCAGCAACAACAACUGAGACAAUCUCUGCUUCAUUAGGCUCCAGUGAUGACGAGAACAAACCUCUGCCUGCCUCAACUAAUGAGGUCAUCUCCAGUUUACCAGCCUCAACUAAUGCAAAGACAACACCUCCUUCAGACUCAGCUGAUAGAAAGACAACUGAUGAAAAAGAUAUGUAUCUACUAGCAUCAACUGAUGAAAAGAUCGCACAAUCACCAGCCUCAUCUAAUAAAAAGAAGAAGCCUCCACCAGCCUUAACUAACGAGACAAUCUCUGCUUUGCCUGGCUUAGGUAAUGAAAAGACCACACAUUCUGCAUCAUCAACCGUUGAGUCUACCUCCACUACAUUAGGCUCAGGUGAUGACAAGACCACACCUCCAUCAGACUUAACUAAUGAAAUGACUACAACUCCACCAGCUUCAACUAAUGAAAAUACUACGUCUUCAUUAGACUCAGCUAGUAGAAAGACAAAUAAUGAAGAGACUAUGCCUCCACCAGCCUCAACCAAUGAGACAACUAAUGAAAAGACCAAACCUUUACCAGCUUCAACUAAUGACAAGACCACACCUGCAAAAUCCCUAACUAAAGAAAAUGCUGCACCUCUACCAGUUUCAACCACUGAGACAAUCUCUGCUUCAUUAGGCUCCAGUGAUGAGAAGAACAAACCUCCACCAGUCUCCAUUGAUAUCACUACUAAAAAUGAGAGGACCACGCCACUAACAGCGUCAUCCUCCUUCCCAAUAACCUCUAUCAAUGGAGAGAAUAUAACUCCACUUCCUUCAUCCAAAGAAAAGACCAUAUCACCACCAGACUAUGACAGUGGAAAGACCACACCUUCACCAGAAUCAGUUAAUGAAAAGCCCUCAGCUUUUGAAGUCUCAGCUAAACAGAAGAUCUCCUCCAGUAAAUCUAAGGAUCCAUCCACAAGAAAAAAGGAAUUCGUCCUCAAACCCUUUCUCCUUCCACAAAUCCCCACUGCACCCGGCAGCUCCUCCCAGAGCAGGGACUCUCCAUCUAGCUGGCUUGAUGUGGAUCACCAACGUCCUAUAAGAAAGAAGCUGUUGAUUUCAGAACCUAAGCUCAGCUCCUCUGUGAGUGAGACCAACCUCCUGAACACAUCGGGAGAGUUUGACCCAGAUGACUUCAUUACAAAUGUGAAACGGCUAGCAAUGCCGUUCAAUCUUCCUCAACGCAAACACAACAAACAUCGCCUGCAAACACCUCCGUUUGCCAUGCCUGCCAUCAAAGAAGACCGCUUUGAGAAGCCUUUUGAUCUGGAGGAGUUCCAGCAUGGCUUGAGGCGAAGGAGGGAAUUCAUUUUGGAUCUGGCACCCAGUUCGAUAUCCAAGAGUCAAGCCACAAUAGUCAAGGAGGCGGACACCAAACCUAAGAGAGAGAGCAUCCUCACAAGGUCCCUGAUCUUCCAGAGAGCAAGGAAGGAGUCUGAAAAAGAAGAGGGAGAAAAAGAGGAGGGAUCAGAUGAGAAUACAACAGAACCACUGAAGGCAAAGUCUCGUUUGGAGAGGUGCUCAAUUGUCAGCAUUCUACGCAGUCCCAGCAAAGGGAGACGAAUGGAGUUUUUAAGCCCCACUGAGUGUCCUUCAGAUGGGCUGUUAUCACCAAGCGAUGGUUCUGGGUCUACAGCACCUCCACAAUCACAACUAGCACCAACUACAGAACCACCUAAACUGGUCCCAGUAGAGGAAACCCUAGCUAAGAAUGACAGCCGUGGUACCCAGUCUGGUUCUCAGCUUAUUCUAAAACCUAGCAAGGACAUUGGGCCUGCCGUGAUACCUGACCUCAAAACAACUUCAAGAGACCCCACGGUCACUCUUUCAACAGACACUAACGCUCCUUCUCCUCCCAGUGGUACCCAGACUAGUUCCCAGGUUGUACCAAAAUCUACGAAAGAUGAUGGACCUACCCUGGCGCGUGACUUGAAAACAAAUUCAGCAGACCCUCCAGUCACCAUGUUAACAGACACUAAUGCUCCUCCACCUAGUUGUACCGAGUCUGGUUUCCAGGUUGUUCUAAAACCUACCAAGGAUGAUGGACUUGCCAUGACACCUGACCUCAAAACAACUUCAGGAGACACCACAGACACUAUGUUAACAGACACUAAAGCUCCUUCUCCUCCCAAUGGUACCCAGACUAGUUCCCAGUUUGUACCAAAACCUAUGAAAGAUGAUGGACCUACACUGACACCUGACUUGAAAACGACUUCAUUAGACCCUCCAGUCACCAUGUUGACAGACAUUAAAGCUCCUCCAACAUCUAGUUAUACACAGUCUGGUUCACAAUAUGUUCUAAAACCCAUCAAGGAUGAUGAACCUGCCAUGACACCUGAUCUCAGAACAACUUCAAGAGACCCCACAGUCACUAUGUUUACAGACUCUAAUGCCCCACCACUUUUCAUCAGUACCCAGACUGGUUCUGAUGUUGUUCUGCAACCUGAUGGACCGACCCUGAAAACAACUCCAGUAGAUCCCACUGUCACUAAAGUAACAGAUGCUAAUGCUCCUCCGCCACUUCCUUCCUUUGAUGGCAUCAAGUUGCCUAGUUUCCUGGAGGAAUUUCUUCCAAAGGAACCUGAAAAUGCUCAACCAUCAAAUAAGAUCGACCCACUGGUGGCUAGAGAAAGUGCUUCCAUACCUGGCCUAGUGGAUCUGAAUAAGGCUGUUGACGUAGCUGACGGGAAGAUCCCAGAAGAUACGAUUCCACCGGCACCUGUAGUUCCAGCGGCUCAAAUCCCUCAAGCUAAACCUCAGAAAGAACUACCAAAUAUUCCAGCUGCUCGCGGAAUCCACCGGCGACCUGGAAAGAUUGUGAUAUUUGAGCACCAUCAGUUCAGCGGUCAGUCCUUUGAGUUCUUCAGGGAUCAACCUGAUGUCACUCACAUGCAACUGUCCAGUGUCAUAUCUAUUAAAGUGGUCAGAGGAUGCUGGAUACUUUAUGAGAAACCAGGAUUUGAGGGACGAUGCAUCGCUCUGGAAGAGGAAGGAGUUAUAGAACUGCCCAAUCAAUGGGCAGAAGAGGGUGAAGAGACAUCUGUGGUCAUUGGCUCAAUUCGACUGGCUAUCAGAGACUACACUCCUCCCCGGAUAGAGCUGUUCACCGAGCCCGCUGGCAGGGGCAGAAGCUCUGAGUAUGUGGAUUACACAGAAGAAGUGGGCAGUUUCAGCCAUCCUCAGAACACCGGCUCCAUUAAAGUCCACAGUGGUCUCUGGCUGGUUUACAGUGAUCCGGGUUUCCAGGGUCUGCUGGCGGUUCUGGAAGCCGGAGAGUAUCUGUUCUCGGAGGACUGGGGUUUCCCGUCGCCCGCGGUCGGCUCUCUGAGGCCUCUGCGUAUGGGCGCUCUGAGAGUGGAGAAGCCGAAUGCAGUCGAGGCCGUGGUGUAUGAAAAGGCCGGUCUGGAGGGCCGAUGUGUGGAGGUUCAGGGAGACGUGACAGAAAACCACGGACUGGACCGAGUGGAAUCACUGAAGAUCCUCGGAGGCCUGUGGGUGGGAUACGAUGGCCAGGGGUUCGAGGGGCAGCAGUUCGUUCUGGAGGAAGGAGAGUAUCUGGACUGGACAGAUUGGGGCGGGACGAGGGAAACGCUCCUCUCUCUGCGGCCCGUUUUCAUGGAUUUCUCCUCCCCUCAUAUGAAGAUGUUUAGUGAGCCGGACUUCUCCGAGCGUGGCGUCAGCAUCGACCUCCUGGAGCCGCUGGAAAACACCGCAAACACACGCUACGGCCCGCAGACGCGCUCCAUCGAGGUCCUGUCCGGAGUGUGGGUGGCGUUCGAGGGUCCUGGGUUCUCGGGUCAGCAGUAUGUUCUGGAGAAGGGUCUGUACGGAAGCCCGGAGGACUGGGGCUCAUCCCACAGCCGGAUCUCCUCCGCCGUCCCCGUCAUUCUGGAAAAUGUAGAAAACUCCUGCCACUUCCAGCCUGCAGUGACCACAAACUCCAAACAAACGCCGUGUGAUCAUAGAGACGGACACACUGAACACCGUGUGUGUGUGUGUGUGUGUGUGUUGAUUGACAGCUGGGUUCUGUACGAGGAUCAUAAUUUCAGAGGCUCUCAGCUCCUGCUGAAGCCCGGCGCCGUUCCUGAUUGGCCCAAACUCUCCUCCUGGCUGCGAAUCGGAUCGCUUCGGCCGCUCAUGCAGAAACAAGUGCAUUUCCGUCUGCGGAGCAAAGAGGCGGGGCUACUGAUGUCCGUCAGCGGCUCAUUGGACGACAUCAAACUGAUGCGUAUCCAGGUGAGCGAGGAAAGGGGCGGAGCUGAGCAGAUCUGGACCUAUCAGGACGGUCAAUUACAGUGCAAGAGUCUGCUGGAUGUGUGUGUGGACGUGAGUUCUGGUGUCCUGAUGUCCGGAAGCAGAGUCGUUCUCUCUGCUGAAGCCGGAAAACCGCAGCAGCUCUGGAACGUCACGAGUGACGGGAUCAUCCGGAGCCACGCCAGACCAGAGCUCGUGCUGGAGGUCAAAGGAGGUCAACAGUUCGACAAACACCAGAUUAUUCUGAACGAAUUCCACGCAGACAAACUGAAUCAGCGCUGGUCUCUGGAGAUCCUCUGAGCUCUGCUGCGGAGCUGCGCCAGGGGGACCGGCGCCCUGUGAGGCAGCUGCACCAGAGGGACCAUCAACUGGAAAUCUCAUUCUCAUGAGAGCCAGUGGAUUGAAUAUGACCAUAAUCCACUGGACAUCGUGUUAUUAUUUUACUUUUUUUUUUUUCAAGAACUCUCAGAUUUGAGCGCAUACUUGAACAAUAAUAACUAUUUUCCUUUGUGUAAAUUGCAUGAACGUACCUGUUUGGACAUUGAUCUCAGCUGUAUUAAAACACAAGGCUUGUUUGUAA